GUAGCAGAAUCAUUUACAACUGAUUGUAGUUUUAUAUUAAGUAUUAUUUAUGACAGAUUAAUCUCUAACCUUUCGCGCGAUUGCCUUGACUUCCCAAUAGCUCUGUAUUUUAACUUUUGGCAGAGAUACAGUUUUGGCAUACGGUGUUAGACCUUCGUACUGGACACAAGUUGAUAAAGAUGAAAGUUUUGUAUUUCGCUCUGUUGGUCGCGGCGGUGGCUGCCACCCCUCUGCCUGAAGAUGGGAGCGACGCCGUAGAGAUGAUUGUGAACGGUGUGCCUGAUGGUACACCCUUGGAAAUCAGUGACAUCGUGGACAUCAAGCUGAAGGAACACGUCGAUGGUGAAGUCGUUGCUGCUUCCAACCUUCUGCAUCCUUACUCCGCUGUUGGCAUUGCUGAAGCCCAGGCUGCUGUUGCUGAUGAUGAAGCCAACAAAGAAGUAGAGUUUGUUGAUAAUGUUGAGGUACUUGAUGUACAGCAUGUGCCAGAAGCCGUUAUCCUGCCCGCGCCUGUAGCUCCUGAGGUGGUUGUGCCUGAACCAGUGGUUAUGCCCUCUCCUGUUGCCCCCGAAGUUGCCAUUCCUGAACCAGUCGUCAUGCCAUCCCCUGUAGCUCCCGAAGUAGUGGUGCCUGAACCAGUUGUCAUGCCCAGUCCAGUAGCUCCCGAAGUAGUGGUGCCUGAACCAGUUGUCAUGCCCAGUCCAGUAGCUCCCGAAGUUAUCAUUCCUGAACCAGUAGUCAUGCCCAGCCCAGUAGCUCCCGAAGUUGUUAUUCCCGAACCAGUUGUGAUGCCAUCCCCUGUUGCUCCCGAAGUUGCCAUUCCUGAACCAGUAGUGAUGCCCAGCCCAGUAGCUCCUGUAGUAGAAGAGGCUCCAGUAGCCGCCCUGUACAAUGGUGAGGUGUACAAUGACGGGCUCGUCCAGGUGCAGUACAAUGGACCUGCAGAACCUGGCAUGUUCUCUACCAUCCAGUCCUGGUUCAACGUUGUCCUUAACUACUUCAGUUCUGACGCUCCCGCUCCCUCUCACUAAUUCUUAAAUGGCAUCCUGCUCGCUAUAAGUUGUAAGUCGUUAUAAUUCAUCACCAUUUGUACAGUACGCAUUGUAUUCGUAGUGUUUUAAAAGUCUGUUAAGAUGGUCUGUUAUUGUAAUGUACUGAUUAUAAGAGGAAAAGUUUUAAUAUACUUUUUUUUAAA